ACAAAAAUUCAAUUGAGAAGCUCACCACGUAAUCCUAAAUCUUCUUUAGCAAUUUCUUAUCAUGGAAACCCUACAGUACUUCUCCGUCCUCCUCCCUCUCAUCACCUCCAUCUUCCUCGCCCUCAUCAUGAUCAAAACCCUAAAAUCCCAAAUAACCAAACGUAAAUCUCACAAUAACCUCCCUCCAGGCCCCCGCAAAUUCCCCAUCAUCGGCAACCUACACAACCUGGGAGGCGAACAUCCUCACCGCCGCCUUGCCACCCUCUCCAAAACCUACGGCCCCAUCUUCUACCUAAAGCUCGGGGAAAUAGACUCCGUAGUCAUCACCUCCCCAACCCUCGCCGCAGAGACCAUGAAAACCCACGACCUCAACCUUGCCUCCCGGUCUCAGUUCCUGGCCACCAAAAUCAUUCUCUAUAACGGCGGCGAUCUGGUUUUCGCUCCUCACGGAAAGCUCUGGGCUCAGCUUCGUAAGAUAUGCACGGUUGAGCUCUUCAGCGGCAAACGCGUGAAGUCAUUUGUGUCCAUAAUGGAAGACGUGGGUCAUAAUAUGGUGGAGAAGAUUCGCAAGGGAACGCCGGCCGGAGCGGCGGUGAAUAUUUCCGAGCUGCUGUUGGCGGUGGCGAAUACGACGGUUUCGAGGACAGCAUUUGGGAGGGAUUGCGAGCAGAGCGACAGGCUUUUUACGGCGGUGUUGAAGUCGUUUAAGUAUAUGUCUGGGUUUGAUUUGGCUGAUCUGUAUCCGUCGUUGAGUUUUCUGAUCGCGGGGAUAACUGGAUUGAGGCAAAGGUCGGAGAAAGUGCGCGGGGAUUUUGACGUGAUUUUGAAUGAGAUAUUGGAGGCGCAUUUGGAGAAGGCUAAGGGUGAAGAAGAUGAUGCGGAGGAGGAUCUUGUGGACGUGAUGCUCAGAUUGAAGAAGAGUGGGGAGCUGGAGGACUUCAUUACCAUGGAUAACAUCAAGGCAGUCAUAGUGGUAUGUUCAUCUUAUUUAUUUAUUUCUACCUCUAAACAUUAUUAAAAAAAUAGUCAAGUGC